CUGGGGUGUGUGUUCUGUCCCAGCCCUCCAUCCGCCCUGGUGCUUUGGGCUGGGGACCCCUAGGGUCCAGGGCAGUGGUGUUGCCACGGUUUCCUGGUCCCAGCAGGCCAUUGGUGGGCCUGCAAGGAGGGGUCCAUGAGGAGGGCAGGCACCCAGGUCUGGGGAGGUUCUGAGGAUGGGGGGUGCAGCUAGGCACGAUGGCUUCCUCCAGGACACCCCUCCACGCAACUCCAGGCCCUGGCUCUGCUUGGCCUGCAGGAGAGGAAGUCGCAAGAGGUGGCCGGGCUUCCACGGCCAGCUAGGACUUAGGGCUCGAAGCAGGGAAGUGUGCGGGAGUCUGCAUGUUUGGGUGUUGGAAUGUGGGUGGUGCUGCAGAAGUCUUUGCUGGGUGACUGUGUGCGUGUGUAAGGAGCUGGUCUCAGCGUGUCUGUGCGGGUUGUGUCAGUGUGUGUCUGUGUGUGCAAGCCCAGAUGUGCUUGUGUAGGGUAUGUGCACGUGGACUGGGUGGUGCAUGCGCAAGCGUGCGUCUCUGCUGGUGGCAGUUGGGCUAGGGCAGCCCCUGGCCUGAAUCGGGGUGUGCACCUCGAGCCUCGAGGGGUGGGGUUUGGGAAGAGGGGCCAGAAGGAGGAUGAGGAAGGGCUUCAGGGGGCCUGCCAGCCUCCGGCUCCUCCCUAGCGCCCUUUCCCAGGCCCUGAGGAUGCCUGGUCCAGCUGCCUCCCCUCCCUGGGUGGCUCCAAGGAGGCGCCCCCUGUGGAAUGUGUUUGGUGGCCGAGGGCCAGGCUGGGCAGUGGCAAGGGGAGCCCAGUGUGCUGCAGGCCCACGGCCCAGCUUUGCGCUCUGCUUUCUCCCUGGCCAGGGGACUCCCACACAGAUCAUGCUGUUGCCUCCUGACCAAGCUGGCCCUGCCAGGUGACCAUGCCCACCCUUGGCCCAGUGAUUCUGCAGGCGCUUUGGGCUGGGUGGGUCCUCAGCCUCCAGCACCCCCAGCCAGCUGCGUUCACUGCCAAUGGCACGCAUCUGCAGCACGUGGUGCGGGACCCCACCUCAGGCACCCUCUACCUUGGGGCCACCAACUUCCUGUUCCAGCUGAGCCCGGGGCUGCAGCUGGAGGCCACUGUGGCCACUGGCCCUGUGCUCGAUAGCAGAGACUGCCUGCCCCCUGUGGUGCCUGACGAGUGUCCCCACGCUCAGCCCACCGACAACCCGAACCAGCUGCUCCUGACCGCCUUCUCCUAUGAGGAGACGGCCAAGCUGGCGGUGGGCCGCCUCUCCGAGUACAGCCACCACUUCGUGAGCGCCUUCCGGCGCGGCGCCAGCGCCUACUUCCUGUUCCUGCGGCGGGACCUGCGGGCGCCGUCCCGGGCCUUCCGGGCCUACGUGUCCCGCGUGUGCCUCCGGGACCAGCACUACUAUUCCUACGUGGAAGUGCCGCUGGCCUGCCGGGAAGCCCACUACAGGCUGGUCCAGGCCGCGACCGUGGCCCUGCCUCGGGAGGGGCCCCAGGGGCAGGUGCUCUUCGUGGCCUUCUCCGUGGCUGCUCCCCCCGUGGUGGGCCGGCCCCCGGCGGCAGCUGCCGGGCCAUCAGGGGCCUCCGCGCUCUGUGCCUUCCCCCUGGACGAGGUGGACCGCCUCGCGAACCACACUCGUGACGCCUGCUACACCCGGGGCGGCCGCGCCGAGGAUGGGCAGGAAGUGGCCUACAUCGAGUAUGAUGUCAGCUCCAGCUGUGCACAGUUGCCCGUGGACACCGUGGAUGCUUAUCCCUGUGGCUCAGACCACACUCCGAGCCCCAUGGCCAGCCAGGUUCCCCUGGAAGCUAUGCCGGUCCUGGAGUGGCCAGGGGUUCAGCUAACAGCUGUGGCGGUAGCCGUGGAGGAUGGCCACACCAUCGCGUUCCUGGGUGACAGUGAAGGGCACCUGCACAAGGUGUACCUGGGCCCCGGGAGCGAUGGCCACCCGUACUCCACACAGAGCAUCUGGCAGGGGUCUGCAGUGAGCAGAGACCUCCUCUUUGACGGGCCCUUGGAGCACCUGUACGUCCUGACCCAGCACACGCUCCUCAAGGUUCCCGUGGCCUCCUGUGCCCAGCACCUGGACUGCGUAUCUUGCCUUGCUCACAGGGACCCGCACUGUGGGUGGUGUGUGCUUCUAGGCAGGUGUGGUCGCCGUUCCGAGUGCUCGCGGGGCCGGGGCCCAGAGCCGUGGCUGUGGAGCUUCCAGCCGGGGCCAGGCUGUCCACAGGUGGUGGCUCUGAGCCCUGCCAGCAUCAGCCGAGAGGAGAGGAGAGAGCUGUUCCUGGCUGUGCCUGGCCUGCCACCCCUGUGGCCCGGGGAGUCGUAUUCCUGCCACUUCGGGGAGCACCGGAGUCCUGCCCUGCUGACCGGCUCUGGCGUGACGUGCGCCUCCCCAGGCCCUAUGGAGGCCCCACCACUGCCAAAAGGAGUCGACCACCUCUCCGUGGGCGUGGAGCUCAGGUUCGGUGCUGUGAGCAUCGCCAAAGCCUCCCUCCUCGUCUAUGACUGUGUGGCCGUCCCUGAGCUCCACCCGACCGCUCGGUGCCAGGCCUGCGUGAGCAGCCGCUGGGGGUGUAAGUGGUGCGUCUGGCAGCACGUGUGCACGCACAAGGCCUCGUGUGAUGUCGGGCCCAUGGUGGCUAGCCAACAGAGUCCGCUUCUCUCCCCAGACCCUUCUGCAGAGGAUGUGCCCAGCCCCUCCCCACCUGCAGCCCCCGAGGCCACGGGCACCCCGGCUCCUGACACCCCUCCCGAGGAGCCCGGGGCUCCAGCUACAGCCACGGCCACAGCCACACGUAUCCCUGCUGCAGCCAGGCCCUCCCUCCUCGGCCACCUCCCCGCCCCGGCCUCCACAGAGCCCCCUCUGCAUGAGGGGCCGCCCCCUCCCAGCACCCCCAGACCCGGAACUGCUGUCCGGCCCACUGGGCUCGGGCCCACGGCCCAGGACCCCUUGGCCUCCCACUCAGCACCCUCAGGUGCAGCAGCGGGGACCCCUGCAGACCCCGGUGCCAAGGCGCGCCCCACUGCAGCACCCACAGACCGGCCCCCCAGCACUGCUCCCACCACGGCCUUCCCAGGGGCUGCGGGCUCCACGAAGCCUGCUCUGACCUGGUCUGAGAGAGGAGGCGGCGAGCUACCCGAGGCCGACCCGUGGACAGGGGGUGACACGCCCGCCUUCUCCACUCCCACCCUCCUCUCAGGUGACGGAGACUCAGCCGAGCACGACGGCCCCCCUGCCCCUGUCAUCCUCCCGUCCAGCCUCGACUACCAGUACGACAGCCCGGGGCUCUGGGAGCUGGGAGAGGUGGGCUGCGGGGCCAGCACCUGCCCUUGCGUGGAGAGCGUCCAGGGCUCUGAGCUGAUUCCCGUCCUCGUGGCCCGGGAGGUCCGGCUGCUGGGCAGGAACCUGCGCCUCUUCCAGGACAGCCCAGGAGACAGUGAGUGUGUGAUGGAGCUGGAGGACCGCGAGGUGGUGCUGGAGGCCCGGGUAGAGUGUGAGCUGCCCCCAGGGGACCGGUGCCACGUCACCUGCCAGCAGCACCAGCUCAGCUACGAGGCUCUGCAGCCGGAGCUCCGUGUGGGGCUGUUUCUGCGCUGGGCUGGCAGUCUGCGCGUGGACGGCGCUGAUGGGCUGCAUGUUGUGCUGUAUGACUGUUCCGUGGGACACCAGGACUGCAGCCGCUGCCAGACCGCCACGCCCCAGUAUGACUGUGUAUGGUGCAUGGGGGUGCACCCAAGCUGCAUGGCCCGGAAGGCCUGUGGGAGGCCCGGGGCCGUGGCCACCCAGUGCCCUGCGCCCCUUAUCCUCUCGGUGGAGCCACUGACUGGGCACAUACAUGGAGGCACCCGGGUCACCAUCAGGGGCUCUGACCUGGGCCAACACGUGCAGGACAUACGGGACAUGGUCACGGUGGCUGGAGUGCCCUGUGCGGUGGACACUCAGGAGUACCAGGUCUCCAGCAGACUUGUGUGCAUCACCACCAACGCUGGCAAGGAGGUGGCAGGCGCCGUGACAGUGGAGGUGCCCGGAAGGGGACGUGGUGUCUCAGAGCAUCUCUUUGCCUACCAGGACCCGAAGGUGCACUCCAUCAGCCCAGCCCGCGGCCCCAGGGCUGGCGGCACCCGCCUCACCUUGUACGGCUCCAGCCUGCUGACCGGGCGGCUGGAGGACAUCCGAGUGGUUGUUGGAGACCAGCCUUGCUGCCUGCUGCCAGAGCCGCGGGCCGAGCGGCUGCAGUGUGAGACAGGCCCACAGCACACACCUGCUGUGCUCCCGGUGGCCGUGUGGUUUGGGGCCAUUGAGCAGAGGCUGCAUAGCCAGUUCCAGUACACAGCUGACCCCAACAUCACCUCUGCUGGCCCCGCCAAGAGCUUCGUCAGCGGAGGACGUGUGGUCCGGAUCCGUGGUCAGAACCUGGAUGUGGUACAGACGCCAAGGAUGCGAGUGGCUGUGCGGGCGCUGCAGCCCAGCGAGGGCCAGGAGCAGAGGCACCGCGUCGAGCCGGAGGCAGCCUGCUCCCUCGGCGCCUGCAGUGGGGGUCGUCACUUCGAGGAGCCGUGCCUAGUCGCCUCCUCCCGGCUGAUCACGUGCCCCACGCCCGCUCUCCCGGGCUUGCCCACAGACCCCUGGGUCCGGGUGGAAUUUAUCCUUGACAACCUGGUCUUCGACUUUACAACGCUGAGCCCCACGCCCUUCUCCUAUGAGGCCGACCCCACCCUGCAGCCCCUCAACCCCGAGGACCCCACCAGGCCGUUCCGGCACAAGCCUGGGAGCGUGCUGUCCGUGGAGGGGGACAACCUGGACCUUGCAAUGUCCAAGGAGGAGGUGCUGGCCAUGAUCGGGGACGGCCCCUGUGUGGUGAAGACCCUCACCCGGCACCACCUGUACUGCGAGCCGCCCGAGGAGCAGCCCCUGGCGCAGCACCACCCCCUGCAGGGGGCACCCGACCCUCUGCCCGAGUUCACGGUGGACAUGGGGAACCUGCACUUCUCCCUGGGCCGCGUGCAGUAUGACAGCGAGGGCCCCGUGGCUUUCCCCGUGGCAGCCCAGGUGGGCUUGGGGGUGGGCGCCUCUCUCCUGGCUCUGGGUGUCAGCGUCAUCGUCCUCAUGUACAGGAGGAAGAGCAAGCAGGCCCUGCGGGACUAUAAGAAGGUCCAGAUCCAGCUGGAGAACUUGGAGAGCAGCGUGCGGGACCGCUGCAAGAAGGAGUUCACAGACCUCAUGACCGAGAUGACCGACCUCACCAGUGACCUGCUGGGCAGCGGCAUCCCCUUCCACGACUAUAAGGUGUAUGCCGAGAGGGUCUUCUUCCCGGGGCACCGGGAGUCGCCCCUGCACCGGGACCUGGGUGUGCCCGAGAGCCGGCGGCCCACCGUGGAGCACGGGCUGGGGCAGCUGUCCCACCUGCUCAAUAGCAAGCUGUUCCUCACCAAGCUCAUCCACACCCUGGAGAGCCAGCGCACCUUCUCGGCCCGGGACCGUGCCUACGUGGCUUCUCUGCUCACCGUGGCGCUGCACGGGAAGCUGGAGUACCUCACCGACAUCCUGCGCACACUGCUCACUGACCUGGUGGCCCAGUGCGUGGCCAGGAACCCCAAGCUAAUGCUGCGCAGGACAGAGACCGUGGUGGAGAAGCUGCUCACCAACUGGAUGUCCAUCUGCCUAUACACUUUCGUCAGGGAUGCAGUUGGGGAGCCUCUGUACAUGCUCUUCCGUGGGAUUAAGCAUCAGGUGGACAAGGGCCCGGUGGACAGUGUGACGGGCAAAGCCAAGUACACCCUCAACGACAACCGCCUGCUCAGAGAGGAUGUGGAGUACCGUCCCCUGACCUUGAACGCACUGCUGGCUGUGGGGCCAGGGGCAGGAGAGGCCCCGGGAGUGUCUGUGAAGGUCCUAGACUGUGACACCAUCUCCCAGGCCAAGGAGAAGAUGUUGGAACAACUUUACAAAGGCGUGCCUCUCACCCAGCGGCCAGAUGCCCGCACUCUGGAUGUCGAGUGGCGGUCUGGGGUGGCUGGGCAUCUCGUUCUUUCUGACGAGGAUGUGACUUCCGAGGUCCAGGGUCUGUGGAGGCGCCUGAACACUCUGCAGCAUUACAAGGUGCCAGAUGGAGCGACGGUGGCCCUGGUCCCCUGCCUCACCAAGCAUGUCCUCCGGGAAAGCCAGGACUAUGUCCCCGGAGAGAGCACCCCAAUGCUGGAGGAUGUGGAUGAAGGGGGCAUCCGGCCCUGGCACCUGGUGAAGCCAAGCGAGGAGCCGGAAGCCCGGCCUCGGAGGGGCAGCCUGCGCGGCGGGGAGCGUGAGCGGGCCAAGGCCAUCCCCGAGAUCUACCUGACCCGCCUGCUGUCCAUGAAGGGCACCCUGCAGAAGUUCGUGGACGACUUGUUCCAGGUGACCCUCUGCACCGGCCGCCCUGUGCCGCUGGCCGUGAAGUACUUUUUUGACCUGCUGGAUGAGCAGGCCCAGCAGCACGGCAUUGCCGACCAGGACACUGUGCACAUCUGGAAGACCAACAGCUUGCCGUUAAGGUUCUGGAUCAAUAUAAUCAAAAACCCGCAGCUUGUGUUCGAUGUGCAGACGUCAGACAGCGUGGACGCGGUGCUCCUGGUCAUCGCGCAGACCUUCGUGGACGCCUGCACCCUGGCGGACCACAAGCUGGGCCGUGACUCCCCCAUCAAUAAGCUGCUGUAUGCACGUGAUAUUCCCCGAUACAAACAGAUGGUGGAAAGGUACUACGCAGACAUCAGACAGGCCGUCCCCACCAGUGACCAGGAGAUGAACUCUGUCCUGGCCGAGCUGUCCCGGAACCACUCCGGAGGCCUCGGGGCGGGAGUGGCCCUGCACGAGCUCUACAAGUACAUCAACAGAUACUACGACCAGAUCAUCACAGCCCUGGAGGAGGACGGCACGGCCCAGAAGAUGCAGCUGGGCUACCGGCUCCAGCAGAUCGCAGCCGCCGUGGAGAACAAGGUCACGGACCUGUAGGGACUGCGCGGGCCCUGCCUGGGCAGCCUCAGAGCCGUGAGGGGCGCGCCGCCCAGUGCCUGAGGAGCAGCAGGUGGGGGUGCCCCAGCCGCUGGUGCCUCUGGCCGGGGCCUUGGGCACCUGCCCUGCAGGUGGGCCCAAGGCUGCCUGUGGUCACUGCCCAGCUGGCCCCAGCCCAGUGACCCGAGGGCUGUCUUCUGUGGCCUCAGUCUGCAGAGGGGCUGCCGCGCGCUUCCAGGAGGCCGCACUGUCCCUGGCCUUCACCCGCCAGCCUGUGAGGGAGAGCCCGUGCUCCCCGCCUCUUCUGGCACCCCCACCUCGUUUAGCUGCCUCGGCCUUGAUGCUGCUGCGUAUUCGAGGCCACUGCAGGCUGCCCUCAGCAGGGCCUGCUGCCUCAAGGGCAGCUAGUGGGAGGGUGUCUGCUGCAGGAGUCCAUGGAGGGUGGUGGCUGUGACCGAGCUCUUCAUUAAACAGUGACAUGUGGCGUGA